AUGUUGAAUCUCUUCUUCGAUGUCCGCGUUAGUGGACAGGUGGGACCCAAGAUAUUGAAAGUGGGCACUGUCAUAGUCAGGGAAAAUCUGUCAAAGUCAACUUUGCCGCAAUUGUGGACAAAAACCUGGAAAUUGGUACAGAUGUUCUUUGUGGUAAUAGAAAGUUUUGGUCCUAAAGGGCAAAGGUUUCAAGGUCAAGAUACACAACCAACUGUUACAGAAACACAAGCAACUAUUACAGAAACACAAGCAACUGUUACAAAUACACAAGCAACUGCUACAGAUGCACAACCAAUUGUUACAGAUACACAAACAACUAAGCUUGAACAGAAGGGGCUUAUCAAGUUCCAGAAGCUUCCCGAGGUCUUCCAUAGUAUGGACACCCUAGUGAGACACGGUCACCACGUCUUGUUCGACAAUGAGAUGGUCAUCAGUGUGAUCAUAGGCAGAGACUUCUCAAAAUCAGGUCGCUGUGACUAUUACUCGUCUAGGGAGAGGUACCUGCCUGUGGUGUUAUCAAUGAUAGGCCAGAAAAAUAGUCCCCUUGUACCUGAACUAAGCAAAAAGAUAUGGUCCAUGACAGAGAGCGGCCUCUACAACAAGUGGUUUGAUCUGGGCGUCCCAAACUCUACUGCCUGUACUUACCCUCCCACGAAGAUCACCCAAAGUGCCUCCUUCUCUCUUGCUCACUUCUGGGGGGUGUUCGUGGUGCUGGCUGCUGGUCACUCCCUCAGUUUGCUGGUGAUCUGCCUCGAGCUGCUCCUUCGUCACGUUCUGGCCUCUGAUGUCCACCGUUCUUCCAUGGAACUCACCAGCACCAUGACUGCUCUCCCUCAUUAGUUUGGACGAUGAAAAACAAAAAUAAGUGUGUGUGUGUGUGUGUGUGUGUGUGUUGUUUUUAAAUAAAAAUUCCCAAUUCGCAUAAUUUUGCACCUUAGAGUUAUCAGUCUGUGCUAUUAUAUUAGUCAAGCGAAUAUGGUCUAACUCUAAUCUACAUUAUAGAAUUAGCCUUUCCUGCUUAUUCUGGGUACCAAAUUGUGAAUGAUAUCAACGAUGUGAAGAACUAAGCUUAACGCACUCCAGUCUAUUUUGGGGAGAUGUGUUAAUAUUAUCAACCACUUACAAGAAAUUGUAGGCCUGGGAGGUGGACAUAUCACAUUUUCACACAGAAAGAACGUGAAGUGGCGACGACCAGUGAAGCCAACAGCCGUGGAGGAUCCCACCAGGUUUGUGUGGGUGUGGGUGGAAGGUAUGUCUCUCCGCGCAGCCCGAGAGACAGGCGCCAGCGUGACCACUGUGUACAGGCAGGUCCACCGCUGGCAGCAAGGCCUGUCCUCAUUGACGACUUAUCUAAGGCUCUUGUUAGAGAUUUAUUAUCUUUGAGCUACAUACGAAUAAACUGAUGACCAGUUUAUCAAUAAUUAUAAUCACAGGAGUGUGAUAUCCAUGAAUCGAGUUCCUAAUCUCAGAGGAUCCGCGCCACAGAUCUAGAACAGAAAUGUUAAAAAAAUUCGAGGUAUCGGCAAAAGAAAAGAAAAAGGAAUCGAGUUCUUGAAUUAGUACAUAUUCACAAUAGUACUUCAAGUAAGACGUGGAACAAAGAGUAUCACAGUGGUGCAGUUAGUAAGAAAAAAGUCUUUAUGGGUUUGGAGAUUAUUGUGUAUUAUGUUUAAAUGACAAAACUUUACUUAAUUAUGGCAAUAUUGUAAUUUUUUUUUAUUAAAAAAAUUUGCA